CUUGCGAUUGCCCCUCUAUCAGGCUAUCGGCGGUGUUGGAAACAUUACGGGACACCUUGAAGGAGGACGACGUAAGGACCGCCGCCCGGGGGGGCCCCUUGGAGAAACCCAACCCAACCUAACCUUACCGACCGACGACCCCCCGAAGAAACAUCAGACAACGCAAAAGGGCCGACGGCGGCGCUGGAGGAGGAGAGGAAAGUGGACUCUGGAGGAGCGGCGCCGGCGCCCAGCGCACCGGCCAAGAAACGCCAAGUUGGCCGUCAUUCCUUGGCUGGCAAACGGGCCAAACAGAGGCUCAGUAACGUUCGUCCGCAGUCCACCUCUCAUGCCCACCUCGGGGCGGCCAAGACGUCCCGCUGUCCAAUACGAUGAACCGUCGUUACUCGCGCCGCUGAAUCAAGCAAGGCUGGGCAUGUUGGACGAGAUUAGCAGAAAGCCUUUCAGAGCCCCUGUUAACCCCCCCCAUCGUCCGAGUAUCCCGCAAAAAACAUGCGUCAAGUUGCAACAUGAUACGUGGAGAGGGCAUCUUCGUCUGCUUGCGCAGGUUACCCACGAUCUUCUUGCGAUAUCGUUCGACACAUUUCAAUGAGUCUAUUCAUCCAUGAUCCCUCAAGGACCGCUGUCCCCCUCAACUCCGUCCACCGUCUUCCCCUCCUCCCCCUCCUCCCGCCCAGCGUCUGGGCGUCUCACUCGGGGUGGCUGUGUUUCUCGGCAGACCCGUUCUCAACUUCUCUCCCCCCCGCCCGUAUCGCGCCCGGGACGCUGUGAGUCGGCCACACCGGGGCAGGAUCCCGGUUCCUGUUCGCGCUCUCUCCACGAUGCUCGCAGCGGCAAUUUGGACAAACUCUGGGCAGGCGUCCUCGGAUGCGGGGGCGGACAGGAGGCAAGCAGCCAGCCAGGACGGUAAGAGGAUGAGGGAGACGGACAGCGAUGGGCACAACUGGUACAACACUGCGCUGUGCAGUGCUGUGCAGUACUGUGCAGAGAUGGUGUGACGAGAGAAGGGUUGAUUCGGGUCGAGGGAUAACCGGAACCCACCAAACUGAUUCGAUUGCGGGUUUCGACGGGAGAGACGUUGGACGAACACGGCCGAAAGUCUCGGGGUCCCUUUUUUCUUUUUUUUUUCGAUUGCGACGGUGCCGGCGCCGAAAGGGGCCGUUUCAUAGCGUAACCUCCGGUCUCCUCAUAAUCGUAGGGACCCGGGACAAAACACGGCGCUUUAUACUUGUCCAGUGCUCCGAGAGAGGCCUCCUGAGUAACGUAGUGCCGUGCGGGCGUCGUAUGGUGCGUACGUCACUUGUUCACGGGUGUCGCUGA